ACUCUUAACAUCUAAAAGAAGGAAAGUAAACAGAGGCGCAGAGAGGCUAAGUCACUUGCCCAAGGUCAUAAGAGCUGGUGGCAGACGCGGGACCAGACGCCUCCUUCCAGCGCCAGGACCAGGGGGUGGAGGAAAGCGCAAAGGAAAAAGCAAGAAGUGGAAGGAAAUCCUGAAGUUCCCCCACAUCAGCCAGUGUGAAGACCUCCGAAGGACUAUAGACAGAGAUUACUGCAGUUUAUGUGACAAGCAGCCAAUUGGGAGGCUGCUUUUCCGACAGUUCUGUGAAACCAGGCCUGGGCUGGAGUGCUACAUUCAGUUCCUGGACUCAGUGGCAGAGUAUGAAGUUACUCCAGAUGAAAAACUGGGAGAGAAAGGGAAGGAAAUUAUGACCAAGUACCUCACCCCAAAGUCCCCAGUUUUCAUCACUCAGGUCAGCCAAGACCUGGUGUCCCAGACAGAGGCCAAGCUUCUGCAGAGACCUUGUAAAGAGCUGUUCUCCGCCUGUGCACAGUCUGUCCAUGACUACCUGAGGGGAGAACCGUUCCAUGAAUACCUGGACAGCAUGUAUUUUGACCGCUUUCUCCAGUGGAAGUGGUUGGAGAGGCAACCGGUGACCAAAAACACUUUCAGGCAGUACCGAGUGCUGGGGAAAGGGGGCUUCGGGGAGGUCUGUGCCUGCCAGGUUCGGGCCACAGGUAAAAUGUACGCCUGCAAGCGCUUGGAGAAGAAGAGGAUCAAAAAGAGAAAAGGAGAGUCCAUGGCGCUCAAUGAGAAGCAGAUUCUUGAGAAGGUCAACAGCCAGUUUGUGGUCAACCUGGCCUACGCCUAUGAGACCAAGGACGCACUGUGUCUGGUCCUAACCAUCAUGAACGGGGGUGACCUGAAGUUCCACAUCUACAACAUGGGGAACCCGGGCUUUGAGGAGGAGCGAGCCUUGUUUUAUGCCGCUGAGAUCCUCUGUGGCUUGGAGGACCUGCAUCGGGAGAACACAGUAUACAGAGACCUCAAACCUGAAAACAUCCUGUUGGACGACUAUGGCCACAUCAGGAUCUCGGACCUGGGGCUGGCAGUGAAGAUCCCUGAGGGAGACCUGAUCCGUGGCCGGGUGGGCACUGUUGGCUACAUGGCUCCAGAGGUCCUGAACAACCAACGCUAUGGCCUAAGCCCCGACUACUGGGGCCUAGGCUGCCUCAUCUACGAGAUGAUCGAGGGGCAGUCGCCGUUCCGGGGCCGCAAGGAAAAGGUGAAGCGGGAAGAGGUGGACCGCCGGGUCCUGGAGACCGAGGAGGCAUACUCCCACAAGUUCUCGGAGGAGGCCAAGUCCAUCUGCAGGAUGCUGCUCACCAAAGACGCAAAGCAGAGGCUGGGCUGCCAGGAGGAGGGCGCCGCCGAGGUCAAGAGGCACCCGUUCUUCCGGAGCAUGAACUUCAAGCGCUUGGAGGCUGGCAUGUUGGAGCCUCCCUUCGUUCCCGAUCCACGGGCCGUGUAUUGUAAGGAUGUGCUGGACAUCGAGCAGUUCUCCACCGUGAAAGGCGUCAACUUGGACCACACGGAUGACGAUUUCUACUCCAAGUUCUCCACAGGCUCCGUGUCCAUCCCGUGGCAGAAUGAGAUGAUAGAAACAGAAUGUUUUAAGGAGCUGAACGUGUUUGGACCUGAUGGUACUCUCUCAUCGGACCUGAACAGAAGUCAGCCUCCAGAACCACCGAAGAAAGGGCUGCUUCAAAGACUCUUCCGGCGUCAGCAUCAGAACAAUUCCAAGAGUUCGCCCAAUUCCAAGACCAGUCACAACCACCACAUAAAUUCAAACCAUGUCAGCUCAAACUCCACCGGAAGCAGCUAGUUUCAGCUCUGGCCUUGACAUCCACGGCGAAACCAGCCCAGACCUUCUAUCGGGAAGCAGAACUUGUGGCCACAGGGCUUCCUCUCUGGCUGGGUGGCCAGCAGCGCCAGGAGCCAGGGAAGGAGGCCACCCGCCCCCUCUACAAGCCUCGGGGUUUCUCAAAGAAAUAUCCACUCAGGUCUGUUUUUCAAGGAGGCCCCAUGCCGAUGUGGAUUGGAUUUGCCCUUGUUGAACGUUGCAAUGGAAACCCAGUGAGAUACAAUGACUUGCACGUAUUUUAAUAGCGUCCUAACUAGAACUGAAUUUUGUCUUUAUUAUUUUUAAAGAAAAGUUUUGUAAAUUUCUCUAUUGUCUCAGUUUACAUUUUGUAUAUUUGUAUUUAAAUGAAAGUCAGACUUUGAGGGUGUAUAUUUUCUGUGCAGCCACUGUUAAGCCAUGUGUUUUAAGACAUUUUAGGGGGAAGGGAUUUACAAAAAAGAAAAAAAAAAGUAACUCCAGACUUCCAGAGCCUCAAAUGAGAAAAUGUUUUUAUUAAAUGUAGAAAGCCUCUCACCUUUCACCUUUGAAGCAUUGGUUGUGUCUGCCUCCCUCUAUCUCUGGCCUUCCCUCACAUUGGUAUCGCCCUUCUGUCGGCGUGCAAAGAUCCGAAUUAAAUGCUUAGGAUGCCCUCGGGGUUCCCCCACUGUGCCCUGCUGGAUGCCCUCUGGUCUUGGGGGUUGCUGGCGGGCACACCUCUCCUGCAGGGGUCCCUGCCCGCACCUUCUCACCCCCGGGCUCCUCUUCCUGCGGGAAGGUGGCCCUUGCACUCUGAGCUUUCUGAGCAGGUCCCGACCGCUAAAACCAGCCGUUUUCAAGAGGUUUGUGUUGUGUUUGUGAAUUUCUCUUAUGUAUUAUUUUUGAAGGAAGCAAGUGCUGAUGAGGAUUACUCGCAGAGCCCCGAAUCCCCCAGCCACUCGGGACCAUGGAAGCAACAGGGCGCAAGCAAGGGUCCUAGGCAUUCUGAGCGACUGCCUUGUGUCUGUCUGCCAGGAGGAGAGAGGUUGGCCCAAGGACCGCUCCCAAAAUGUUCCUUGGGUUCUGACACCUUCAGGAGACCCACAGACUUGCUUGCCUGAUGAGGCUCUGUCUCCCUCAGGUGGGACACCCCAGGAGAGAGCAGGCCACCAAGAAAGCUCUUGGUCACUUCCCCAGGAGGCAGGUUCUAAUUGGAUAUCACAGAGGUCCAGGCACAAGUAGCCCCUGGAGUGGCUUUGCCAAACCAGCAGCUUCCACAGGUGUCCCCAGGUCCAGGUAGCAUGGCUUUUCAGCCCCAGGAGCUACCGGGCACUCUCUCUGCCUCAUGAGGGGACAAGGAACACAGUGGCCCUCCCCUCCUUGCCAAAUUAGGGUAAACAGCUGAGCGCAUGUCUCCCUGCCUGGCGGAGCACAGGUGUCCAGUUCUGCCUCAGGGCUGGUCUCAGCUACCAGCAGCCGCCAGGCAUUCCCAGAGGUUGGGCCAGACGCCAUCUGCAUCAGCUCCUCCUGUUAAGAUGCAGAUCCACAGGCCAUGGCCCAAACCUACCGUGUGCAGGUCUCUGGGGGUGGGGGCAGGGGCAGGGGCAGAAUCUGUAUCUUCAGAUUAUUUGGAUGAUCGUGGAAUACGAGAACCAGCAUCUCAGGGCACUGGUGGGCUGGGGUGUGACUGUCCCAAACACGCUUCUCUGAGUGACCCUACAGAUUUGGGGCAUGAGCUUUCAGGAAGGAGCAUCGUGAGCACAUCAGCCUCGUGUCCACGUGUUCAAGUUGUACCCCAAACUUCACCAAGGGUGCUGGGGCAUGCUGCUAGACAAGGGCCUAGCCUUCGGAGCUGAUCCUGUUGAAGUCGUUUUACAAACAAAUUGGGGAGAAGAAAUAACCAUGCUUCCCUCUAAUCCCUGUACUGUCCAGUGUUGUCAUCUUUAAGACAAGUUCUGCAAGGUGGCUCCCUUUCUUGGGCUGUGUAGGAACCAAAUACAACUGUAUUCAGUUUCUGCCAAGAAGUGGACACUCUUGGGUCAGUACUGCAGGAUCCCCAGCUCUUGCUGAUGCUCCUUCUUUGAGGGAAAGAAGGUCACCAUCCUCCUGGGAGGUCACCAACCAAAGCUACCACCCUAACCUCUUGCCUAGAAGGUUCAUUCCUUUGGCCCCAUUCAGGGGUACUCCACCCUUGCCAGACAGAUGGUGUUGGGAAGCCAUCUCUCUACACCCCAAAGCCAAGGCACUGUCCAUGGACAGCAGAAAAUCCCCAGGGGUAGAGAAAGUGAAAGUCUGACUACCAUGAGAGGCCCCGCAGUCCCAGGGCCUUAACACUAACUCCUGAUAACGUGUCUUCACAUUGCCACCUGUCUCCCCAGCGCCCAUGGGAGGCGGGGGCUAUCACAUGACCUGUUCAGGCCUGUUCCUUCGGCUCAUCCAUGGCUCCAUAGUAAGAAGAAGACCUCAAGAACAGUGCCUGAAGAUCAGCCCUUUUCUCCAUUGAGUCCGAAUCCCUGUCCCAUCCCUACUUUGCUCCUCCUCCAACCUUAGUUUCUAGAGCUGCAUUUUAAAAAUAUAUUUUUAAAUUAAAAACAACCCCUCCACCCAUUCACCUGUCCAGGAGAAGGCAUAUUUGGACAGUGGAUGGACGUGACUCUCCUGCAGGGCAGCUUUCCGCAGAAGAGCCUCUCUUGCUCCAAGCAUGACAUUUUUCUCACCAGAUAUUUGCUGAAUCUGUGCCUUUGGGGAAAGAUGCAGGGUCUCCCAGAAGCAUCUCUGCUUCUACAAUUUAGAAGAUAAGCCAUUGUCCCUGGCAGACAGGGCAGUCUGUGCCGUGAUCACUCCGACUCGUGAGUGUUCAUCAGGCCCCUUUCAGGGCUCCUGGAGUGUCCAGAACACAUGGCCCGUACCUUCACAGAGGAUGGCGUCCACCACGUCCAUCACGCAUGUGAGCCUAGGGCUCCAGAGUUGAUCGCUUGCUCACCUGUGGCCUUCUGAAGUUCACUUGUUGCCUCAGAGGGCUGGGUAGGUGGCCUGGAGUCCCAGAGUGACACAGGCAAGUCACUUCGGUGAUGUGCGCACAGGACAGGACGGUGGUGGUGAGUUCAGAGGGACAUGCACAUGCAUUUGGGGGUGCAGUGAGAUGCGGCUGCCUUCUCACUGAGCUGCCGACCUCAAUACAGAGGAGACCCCAAGUCCUCCUGGAGGUGAGUCCUGGAGGAUUCUGAGACCGGGAAGCUGCCAUGCCUCUCCAAGGAGCUUAGCACCACGGUCGAAAUCCAUCCUUUUCUCCCACACACUAUCCUUUCCUGAAAGACUGGGGCCACUGUGCCGCUUUCCCAACUUUCUCACUGAGCUGCUGACCUCAAUACAGGGGAGACCCCAAGUCCUCCUGGAGCCUGGCAUCACUGGCCCUGCCCAAGGGAACAGUGGCUUCCUGAUAAGUGGAAGUCCCCCAAGAGGAAAGAAAAUGCCUGAGUGAUGCUUGGGGCUGCUGUGCGCUUCUCACUGGCCACUCAUACGUUUCCAAAACAGCCUCUUUAGCUGUCUCCUGUUUGCAUAAUCUGAUGCUCCGAGGUAGGAAUUCUAACUUCUUACCAUUUGGUAUGGAAAGGUAGUGAAUAAAUCUUUGUGCGUUUGGAAGCCGCAUAGCCAUGGGAGUUACAGACGGCAGAGAGCUCACUUCUUCCACUCACAGCCAACCACAGCUGGGGAGCCUCACCCCGACCCCAGCCUUUCUGCACCUGUUUGCACAAUCAACACCCAGCGGCUGCAGCCCAGAGCCAGGUGAGCCAAGCCUGCCCGGCCACAGCACGUGUCCUCUGGCUGAAAUGUAAAGGCUUGCGCUGGGGACCAAUUAAAAAAUGUGACAAGGUAGCUGUCCUUACAAGGGAAGGAUACCUCCCCAAAAGAAUCGAGGUAAUCUUUUCCCAGUUCAUUGAGAAGUCAUUUUUAUAAUAGAUCAAAAGCAAAUGUUCUCAAUUAGGAGAGCUUUGUGGCUAUUAGCAUUGUUAAAAUAGUAAUAAUUAUUAUAGUAUCCAAAGGCUACUAAUUUUUUUUUCAGGGAGAUUUUAUCAUUGAUGAAUGAAAAUGAUUCCACUCUGGAGGUCACUCCUGAAGACAAUGGCUUCUAUUUCUGCUGCUCUGAAUCUUUUAUGUUCCAUUUAAUGUCACAGUGCUGCUGUGCCUAGUUCAAACAAUUGUUUUGGUUUUUUAAAGAGAA